UCAGCUGACUAUGACUUCGUGAAAAGUGCUGUGUCCGCGGUGGGCAAUGUUCAUUGUUGGAGGAACGUCGAAGCGAGAGUAUUCACGUUGCUUCCCAUCGAACGUUGCGGACCGAUCACGGCAAGAGAGAGAGAGAGAUAUAUAUAUAUAUAUAUAUUCAAGAGAACUUACUCCGAUAAUACUACUUCCACAGACCAAAGAUGUUGUUUUUGGGAAUAUUGUCUAUCUUUCUGCUGACUGCCUCUGCAGAAUAUUGUUACAGCGAUGUCGAGAGUGCUUGCGGCACUAAUCCUAAAAAUGGCGGAUUAAUAAUAAACUGUAAUGCCCAAUAUGGAGCUAUCGAAGAAUAUCAACCUGAUCUACAAGCAUUUGUAAAUGCUAAUAUUGAAACCAGUUUCGAAUUUUUGCUGAUGUCCACACAUUUCGGCAAUUAUGAAGCGAAUCGAGAAGGAUUUAAAGGAUUGUAUCGCAAACUUUCAGAUCAAUCAUGGGCAGAUGCGAUAGAUUUGAUCAAAUACAUUGCAAAACGAGGUGGUAGGAUGGACUUUAAUCAGCUGCCUCGCUUUAAGAAAUCUGUCAAGGACAGUAAAAUUUUGGAGCUGACCGAAUUGAACAGUCUUGCUAAAGCGCUCGAUAGCGAGAAGCAACUUGCCAAUGAAGCGUUACGUAUCCAUGCUCAAGUGCAACAUCACACAAAGAUGCAGGAUGCAGAUAUCGCUAAUUAUAUUGAGGAACACUUCACGGAAUCAUUGUCCGAGCGUGUAAGAGACCUGGCAGGUCAUUCAAAUGACUUGAAGAAGUUAUUGGAUGAGCGCGAUCCAUCCGUUUCCGUAUUUUUGUUUGACGAAUAUCUUAAAAAAACUUUGUAAAAAAAUGACUAUAUACAAGUGUAAUUUAAAACACACACACGCAUAUAUAUAUUAUAUACAUUAUGUUUCAAUUACAAAAAUUAUGAUUGUUAUUUUUAUCUUUAUUUUCAUUGCUAAAGAUCUUUUGUAUGUAAAAUACAAGAAUUAAACGCAUAUAGAAAUUUAUUUCUUAUAUUCUGUAUGUAUACCACAAUAAUAGAAUAAAGAAUAUAUCUACACU